AAUUUAUUAUGGUAUAAUUUAUAGGAAUAGAUUUAAGUGUGAUUUCAAAUCAAGAAGAAACAUUCUUAGUAGUCAAUAAUUCGGUGUUUGUUUAUAUAUACAUUCCUGUCCAUAAUCAAAGUCAGAGGUAACACAAGAGCUAUAACGAAUGAGCUUUCGUUACUAAGUUUUGCUUAUAUCGCGAAAGCUUUUCACACAUGGUGGUGGAACAGGGAAACUCAAGCGAAGUAAGCAGUGUUCCAGACUAGUGUCGAAUGUAAGGAUGUGCGCCCUGGCUAUCUCAGUUUGUAGAGAAGCAGUGGCAUAGCCGAAAUCUAAAAUUAAAUAGUUGAAAGUGACGAUGAUGGAAUUAACACAAAACCGCUGCGCAGAGUAAAGGUGAACUAGAAGUAUGAGCGCGAUAAGGCCGCAGUAUCAGACCACGGACCCUGUUCAUGCGAUAUACCCAGACCAGACCCCAUUAUAACGGGUAAUCACCACGGACGGCGAUCCGCCGCCUACUCAUCCAAUUCGGGGUCCAAGGUACACGGCGUACAGCAAACAUUACGUAGUUUCCAAGCGAUUCAGAGUUAUUUUGACGCCGGCCGUAGAAAAGUGAUCCAUAAAAUUGAUCGAUAAGCCGAAUGUCAGCCUUAUCGCCCAUGUCCAACAGAGAGAAGCCAACUCGAUUCGACUGGGAGAGGAGAGUACCUGGUGCAGACACAUUACGAGUAAACGAUCAUAUCUCUGUUCUCGAGCAUUAGCAUCGGACAUGGCUUAUCCAUACGUGUAUGUGGGGCUUAUCAGUGGCAGGUCGCCCCGGGCUGAAAACAGCUCGAGUUCAGUUGGAUUUCAGCAGCGGAGCAGACCAGUCGGUUCGCGAUCAGUGCAAAUAAACAGAUCCACGUGCCGAGCAUAGAAACUACCAGUGAAUACAUCACCAGAUCGGCAAUAAAACACGCAGUGACUGAUAAGAGUGCAGGCAAUAAAAUAAAAUCAAAUCAGAUAGACAAAAAUACGGCACUACGGACACAGCCAUUUCUAAACAGCCAAGAUGAUGUCACAUACUGUGAGGGUCUUCAAGAUGAUGUACAUUGUGGCGGGCAUCCUCAUCAGCAAUGCGGAGAUCUGCGACACAGUGGACCGCAUCCAAAUAGCGCCACGCGUCGACCUCAAGCCGGAAUACGAUCAGAAGUACUUGACCUCCGGAGGCAAUAGCCCCGGCUCCCGAUCCCGCACCCACUCUCGACAGAAUUCCGGAAGCGGGUCCGGGUCGGAGGAAGGAUCCCCCACCAAGCGGCGGAGAGUCAGCGUUUCCGGUAUCGCGGGGGGCUUGGUCAGGGGCGUCACUAGCCAGGUCACCAAGAGAGUGGGCCACCGCUUCGUCUGGCUAUCCGACAUCCGGCUCAUCCUCCGGCAAUGGCGACUCCUGGCCCUCAGCUUCAACCUCUGGACCAUUCCCAACUUCUUGGUGCAGUGCCUCACCAGCUACAUGAGCAAGAAGCUGCUCAUCAAUAGCGACUGUGAUAUGAUCUACAAGUAGGAUUAGGAUGUGGGAUAUUGAGUAGUAGGACAGCGCACCGAGAGGUUGCACUUUAUUGUUACUUUAGUUUUUACAUAGCUUUAAGAUCUGAAUAAACAACUGCUAGACAUAGAUAAAGAUACAUGUGCAUAUUU